CUCAGUUGUACGGAGAGUUGGAAUCCAGAGUGAACGUAUGGCAAACGGUCAGCUGGUUGAAAAACUGUUAAAUGUAAGAAAACUGUAAUAUGAAGAAUAUAUUUAACAUGAGAUUAACAAAGAACUACGCACCUUACCGAUUGUUCGGGUAUGCGACAUCACUGGCUCUACAUGGCGGGAAUUCUAUCGUCAUGUUCCUUGCACUGCGGGGUGAUAUUAUGAAGGAUCCGGAAAUAAAAACAUUCGCAGCAUUACAAUGGGCGUAUAUUACAAUUUGGAAUGUCGUAUUUCAAUUAGCGUACCCGUGUUUGGGAAUUUUAUGUGAUUUACCAACGUUGUUAGAAAUCAAGGAGCACGGACUCAUAAAACAAUUGAAAACAUAUAGAGAAAUUAUUUUCGCUAGUAUUAUACUACCUCUUGGUGUUUUAAUAUCACUUAUAUUCUGGCCGAUAUAUUUAUAUGACAGAGAGUUAGUAUUCCCAGCUUUCAUAGAUAAAGUGCUUAGUCAAGGUUCUAACCAUAUAAUGCACACAGCUAUACUGCUUAUUGUAAUAUGGGAGUUUAUGUUCCUACCAAAGUCGGCCCCAGUAUCGCACAAGAUCAAUCUAAUUCACACUUACGGAUGCUACUUUUCCUAUUUGGUCGUAUUAUUCGCAACACACCAUCGUAUUGGAGCAUGGCCGUACCCGUUUCUGAAGCUAGCUCUCGGAACAAUAUACUUUCCAAUUAUAUUUAUCGGCGUUGGUAUUACUGUAUGUCUGUUUUACUUAGCUCAGUGGCCUAUUAAUAAGUUAGUAUGGGGCACCAAACAAAAUGUAAAAGAAAAUAAAUUAAAACGGUAACACUGAGAAGUAUUUAGUUUCCAAUGCCCUAAUUAAUAUCAUAUCCCUUAUCCCUUUCCGAGAUACUUCGGUUUUGUAUAGAUGCUGUAAUUUAGGUUAGGAUUUUUAACAUGUAUAAAUACCAUACUAGGAAAUACCGUAACUAGUAUGAAAAUAUACACAUGUCUGUUUUUUCUAAGUGUAUUUUUCUGGUUUUUAAUUAAUUGAUAAAUAUGUGAACAUGUGUCACGGCAGUAAACUUUCAAGGUUAGUAUACUUUUGAGCGUAGGACAAUUGUUCAAGGACACUUAUAGAAGGUUCUAGAAAUAAAACACGAUCCUUUGCAAGUGAUUCCAGAAUAAUAAUAAAAACAAUAACAUUUACUUUCUAUUGGUUCUCAAACUCCAUUCUUCAUCUACUUUUAGGUACAAUGUUUUGUAUUGAGUUGACAAAUCAACAAAGCUAAAUGUAUAUACAGGUUGAUCGAAAAAACUAACAGUUCCGAAUUAUUUAAAACUGUUUUAUCAUAAAAUCUCUUAUCUUUUGAUAUAUUUCGACCAACUUGCACAUACAAAAUAUGUAUUUAUAUAUUCUGAUCUCUUUACAUAGAUAUAGGUUUAUUUUUAUAUU